AUGGCGUCCACGUCCCGGCAACAACCUUCAUGGGCCGAACCGCAUUCCGGGUCGCCAUCAAAGCUGAGCCUUUACAACUCGCUCGUGAGGGCUAAGACGCCCUUCCGCCCUGUAGAUCCAGAAGGCAAAUCAGUCACCUGGUAUUCUUGUGGUCCAACCGUAUACGAUGACGCGCAUCUCGGGCACGCUAGGAACUACACUUCGAAUGAUAUCCUCCGGAGAAUAAUGAAUGACUACUUUGGAUUUGAUGUGCAAUUCGUACAGAAUAUAACUGAUAUCGACGACAAAAUUAUCUUAAGAGGUCGUCAAGCGCACUUAUUGUCGAAUUUCCAAUCCGAGCAUGCCCAAAUUACGGAUGAUGUCCUCGCCACAACUUCCAAGGCCUUCGAUGCCUACAUCAAAAAGAACUUACCGCUCCUCAACCCAGGACUGAAGCCUGAAGACUUCAAAAAAGAGUCGGCAGAGAAAUAUGCAGCAGUCCUCAAAGGCAAGUCCGUCGAUGGAACAGGACCUCCUGGUGACAAGGAGGCUAAGAUCAAGAUGCAUCUUAAGACGGCGGGAAAUGCAGUGACCGCCUUACUUUCACCGUCUAGAAGCUCCAAUGAGGAUAUUGCGAAGUUUUGGGAAGGCGCCGAGGAUGUACUAUUGCCAUACCUCGAUUCACUUCAUGGCACCUCGAUCUCUAGCAGCGACCACGGCAUCUUCACAGCUCUUACCAAAAAAUACGAAGACCGUUUCAACGCUGACAUGGAAGCAUUGAAUGUUUUACCUCCAAACGUGGUCACACGUGUUUCUGAAUAUGUACCGCAAAUCGUCGCUUUUACGGAACGCAUCGUCUCGAAUGGCUUUGCAUACCAGGCGGGCGAUGGAGUGUACUUCGACAUCGCAGCGUUCGAGAAGGUCAAGAACAACCAUUACGCCCGGUUGGAGCCCUGGGAACCGGACGAACACCGACUUACAGGCAGACGCGACUUCAGUCUUUGGAAAACGUCCAAGCCAGGCGAGCCUGCAUGGGAUUCGCCAUGGGGACCAGGGCGCCCGGGAUGGCACAUUGAGUGCAGCGUGAUGGCGUCGGAGGCCCUAGGCUCUCAAAUCGACAUUCACAGUGGUGGUAUUGACCUCUGCUUCCCCCAUCACGAUAACGAACUUGCCCAGAGCGAAGCAUACUGGUCGACUGAAGGUGGACAUCAAUGGAUCAACUACUUUUUGCACAUGGGCCAUCUCUCCAUCGCCGGCUCGAAAAUGUCGAAAUCGUUGAAGAACUUCACCACCAUCCGCGAAGCGUUAGCGCGUGGUGAUUGGACCUCAAGAAGCUUGCGUAUAAUCUUCCUCCUUGGCGGCUGGCACGACGGCAUAGAGAUCACGGACGAUAUGAAGAAAGCGGGCUCUUCCUUCGAGAGCUACGUGACGAACUUCUUCCUGCGCAUCAAGGAUCUCAAGAUCCACCCAAACACCACAUCGACCGGUACAGAGGACGCGAAGAUCAAGGCGGCGCUGGAAUCGGCCAAAUCAAAAGUACACGAGGCAUUGGCGGACUCAUUCGACACCCCUGCCGCUAUCCGUGCUAUUCGGGGAUUGAUCGAAGAUUGGAACACGGCCGACAAGGCCGGGCUCAGUGACGAUGUCUCAAGAGAUCUUGGUGUCUUCGUGACGAGGAUUCUUAGAAUCUUCGGUCUUGACGGAAAGGCUGAUCCAAAUGAUGGCGGCAUCGGGUGGUCAGGUAUCGAUAUUCCAGAAGUCUCUAAAGAGUUUGUCUACGCCGCAUCUCGUCUACGCGACGAAGUCCGCCAACGCGCUAUCGCUAAGGAUGAUCUUUCGGAGGAGACGCUCAACUCAGUCAUCUCAAAGGAUAAGCCGAGCAAACAACAGGACGCGGCAGCCGAAGACCUCCUUCGCCUCUCGCAGCAGAAGUCAGAGGCGAAGGAUUUCCUUGAGCUCUCUGACCGUCUUCGUGAUGUGCACCUUUGGAAAGCAGGUGUCUAUCUCGAGGACCGCACCAACGCGCCCGCUAUGGUGCGACCCGUCGACGCUGAGCUACGCGCCGAACGCGAGCAGAAGGAAGCUAUCGCUCGGAAGAAGGCCGAAGCGAAACAGCAGCGCGAGCGUGAAGAGGCGGAGAAGAAAGCUAAGCUGGCCGCGCAGGCGAAGAUUAGCCCCAAGGAUAUGUUCAAAACGGAGGAGUACAGCGCAUGGGACGACGAUGGUGUGCCAACCAAGGACAAGGAAGGCGCUGAUGUACUUAAGAGCAAGGCGAAGAAGCUGCGGAAGGAAUGGGAGAAGCAGAAGAAGUUGCAUGACGAGCAUCUUAAGGGUGUUGGCAGUUCGUGA